CUUUUGUCCCAGUUAAAAGUUAUCUUGACAAAUUUGUCCACACUAAAACCCGAUCAGAUCAUCCGCCAAAUAGACCCGAUCAAAUCAAACCAGCUUUCUCCUCUUGCGAACUUCACGCCAUCUCUUCCUCUCCGCUGCCGCUUACAGGUAGUUUACGAUGGUUAAUGCCACUAAAGGAGUUUUUAUUUCCUGUGACAUACCUAUGGCACAGUAUAUUAUCAAUAUGAAUGCUUCACUGCCUGCGUCUGAGAAGUUCAUUAUCCAUAUCUUGGAUAAUACCCACAUUUUUGUUCAACCCCAUGUCGAGGCUAUGAUACGAAGCCAAAUUGCAAAGUUCAGAGAGGAUAAUACAUACGUCAAGCCCAACUGAUUAUCGACAUCUUCCCUGUUCGUCAAAUAAAAUCUCCUACUAGCUUCAGAGGAUUUGUCUACCUUGAUUGUUGCUUGGUUUUGUGCUUUUGUUCAUAUUCUCUUGCAAUGAAAAAUAAUGUAGCAGUUGUCAGUUUAUUUUCCUGAUAAUUUACAUGAUGAAAGCAUUUAUUUUAUAGUUACGGGACGGAUGGGUUUGCGGCUACUUAAUAAUGCCGUGGUUAUUGGAACUUUUUCAUGUUGGCGUUGGAUUUUGCCCA